UCCACCACAGACAAGUAAGAAAUUAAUAUAUUUGUUGCAGCUCAAAUUAAACCAAAAUAAGAAUAAAAUGACUUUUUUUGUUUCUGUCUGUAAGAGAAAACCAAAGAUCUCUGCAUCUCGAAGGCUACAUCUGAAGACCAAGCUGCUGAAAACAGCAGCUGUGAUGCUGGAGAAGACCAAGCAGGAGAGGAUUCAGCAGAAAGAAGUGACUCUCACAGAGAAAGUUCCUCCUCUCCAGCUGUCUGGUUUGUCUGUUCAGGACCUUCAGACUUUGUGCAAAGAGCUGCACCGCAAGAUAGAUGUGGCAGAUGAAGAACGGUACGACAUCGACGCGAAGGUGGCCAAAAACAUCAAGGAGAUUGAGGAUCUCAAUCGGAAGGUCUUUGAGCUGAAGGGUAAGAUGAAGAGACCUGCUCUGAAGAGAGUAAAGAUCUCUGCUGACGCCAUGCUGGGAGCUCUGCUGGGUGGAAAGGUUAGAGAGAGUGUGGACUUUAAAGCCAACCUCAAGACUGUGAAGAAAGAGGAGGAAAAGAAGGAGGAAGUGACAGACUGGAGGAAGAACGUGGAAGCCAUGUCUGGAAUGGAGGGCAGAAAGAAGCUCUUCAAUGCCAACCAGUAGAUUUGUCUUUGUGGACAUUUUGAUGAUAAAUGCAGUUUUACGGGCUAAAAAUUUAUAGAAGUCCUUGCAGGGACUGUUGUUCCAUACAAUUAGCAAACACACGAGACAGGAUUCAGCACGCAUGACUGUAUCUGCAGACUAUACAUGCAAUAUUCCAAAUUACUUAGAUUAUUAAAGAAAAAUAAUUGCAUCAAUCCUUUUGUUUGUUGGUUUUUGUUUUUUGGGGGGUUUUUUGCAUCAGGGUUAAUUGCACUGUUUUGUUUUGUGGGUUUUGCACUUGUGAAACAUUUGCACUGCUUCUAUGUCUACCUUAAAACAAAUGUUUCUUGACCUUAAGAUGCCUGAGAAUAUCAAAGUUAAUAAAAUGUUGUGGUGAAAACUUAAA